CAUUCCCUUAUCAUAUAUCCACCCGAUUUACUACGUGCUAUAUAGUAUACAGCAUAUACGCGAUGUAUUUGGAAAUGGUAUACAUGUUUACUGUAGUGUGGGAUAAUUGACAAUGAGAAAAUGGAUUUUAAUGUUUUAACAUGUUCGUGUAUACUUGUGACAGGGACAGUUUCAUUGGUGUGUAUCUUGGUUGGACUUCUGUGUCCAUCUUGGACGUUGGUGGUGAUCAGGUAUAUGUUCGCCGACAAUACUGAUCAGUUCAGGUUUUUGGAUAAUUCCAACGAAGUAUAUGUACAGGUGGGCUUACACAGUAAGGUUGAGUGUUACGUUGACCAGUGCUUAAAUUUGGACUUCAUUUCGUCGAAUGUUGACCAAAACCUAUAUUCAAGUUCCUAUGUUCCAGGUUUGGAUGUACAGAGUUUGAGAGUCCAGUACAUCCCGACACUGGUCCUCAUGGUAAACGCCACGGUGUUCGCUCUGGCGGCCCAGGUAGCGAGCGCUCUGCAUUUCCGGCGAUGUCGAACCCUCAAGUCUGAUUGGGGAAUAGCGGGCACGUGCGCGAGCGGAAUUGUGUUCUGGAUUAUUUGCUGCAUGCUGUGUAUAUGUGCGAUUGGGAUAACGGUAGUGUUCAACGUCAGAAUCCAGUCGCUUAUAGACCAGAGAGACCCCACCACAAAUGCUGCAAAAAAGACUUCUCUAAGCAUGCAACCUCCCUGGGGCCUUGUUGUCACCGGUAUUGGCGGUGCAUUGGCAGGGAUAAAUGGAUUCACAAUGGCCCUAAAGCUACUCCUCAACUUGGGAAACAUUACAACAUCAGAAGAAAACCAUACUUUAGUGAGGAGCAUGGUCGUCUAAUGAUCGUGGUGCUUACCAAGUGAAAUAAUAACAAAAGUCGCCACGACGAAUGUUCAUAUAUGUUGUACUUUUCACCGAAACACUGUGAACGGAACUUGGCACGUCGCGAUCAUGUUCAUCGAUGUCUUUCAAUUCGUAUAUUUACAAAAUAUCAUAUUGUAUACGCUGAUGUCUUUAUUAGGCCAUCCGCUGUACUCGACAAUCGUAGGUUUAUAUAGUUUCGAAAACGCUUGACUUCGGCGGUCAACCAGUAUUAAGGAAGAGACAUAUAUUGACGUUUUGGCACCAUAUAAAUUGUUAGUCAUGUCUGUGUUUUGUCCUUAUCAUGUGAUGUGUAUCGUUGCAUUUCAGUACUUUUUACGUUUGAUAUUAUUAAAGUAUUUUAUUAUU